AUGAUUCCUCUAAUUUUCUCAGGACUCGACCCUGCUUCCAUCGCUGCUGCUGAAUCGCAAGCUCUGAUACUUCUCGGACCUAACAUCUGGGCUCGGGCUGGCUGUGGCUUGGCCGAGGGAAGAGCUUCGGGAGAUGAUAUUGGUGGUGCCGAUGCAGGCGGUGGUGUUGCUGGUGGUGAUGGUGGUGGUGGUGGUGGUGAUGGUGAUGAUGCUGCUGCUGCUGCUGUUGGUAAUGGAGAUGGAGGGCAGCAGCUAUAUUUGGAAGAGAGGGAGAAUGAAGGAUGGGAGAUGAUAGGGAGUGAGAAGAGAGAUGAGGAGGGAAGAAAGGAGACUGAGAAAGAGAAGAAGGAUAGGGAGAGGAAGGAGAGGAAGGAGAAGGAAAGGGAGAGGGAUAGGGAGAGGGAGGAGAGAUUGAGGAGGAAGGAGAGGGAGAGGGAGAAGGAAAGGGAGAAGGAGAGGAAAAGGGAGAAGGAGAAGGAGAAGGAGAGGGAGAGGGAGAGGGAGAGAGAAAAGGAGGGGGAGGUGCAGAAGGAGAGAAUCGAGGGUCAUGGUAUUGAGGGAGAGGAGAAGGGUACUAUUAGUGAGAAGGGUUCAAUUUGUGAAAAGGGUACAAUUAGUGAGAAGGGGGAGGAGACAGCUGCUAAGGAUACCAGGGACAAGGGCGGGCAGAAGGUUGAGGGGGGAGGGAGGGAGGGUAGAGAGAAGAGAGAGGAGACGGAGGCAAGAGAGGGGAGAGAGGGAAAAGAAGGGAAGGAUGGUAAGGACAGGAGAGGUCACGAUGAAGAGAGGACAGCGGCAGACCGUCAGAGAGAAAGGGAGAGGGAGAAAGAGAGAGAGAAGGGGAGGGAGAGGGAUAGGGACAGGGAGAGGGAGAGGGAGAAGGAGAAGGGGAGGGAGAAGGAGAGGGAUCGGGAGAGGGAGAGGGAGAAGGAGAGGGUUCGGGAAAAGAGCUGGGCGGAGCAGCAGCAGCACCAGAGGCGUGGAUCACUGUCAGGGAGGCUGGAAGGAGAGAGGGGUGUGUAUGGAGGGGAGCGGGGGCAGUACGAGAGAGAGAGGGGCCGGCAGGAGGAGGGAGGGCUUGUGAGGAAGGGCUAUGGUGAGGGGCGUGACAAGGGCUAUGUUAGAGACCGCGGGCGAAGCGCAGAGAGAGGAGUUGAUGGUUGGCUGGAGAGGGGCGGUGAUAGAGGUGUUGAGAGGGGUGGUGAUGGGAGUCAGUACGAUGCGAGGGAGCGUGAGCAUCGGUACAUGCGUGGGAGGGAUGUUGAUGGGGGAGAGAGAAGGGACAUGGGGUAUGAGGAGCGGGGGGGUGGGAGGAGAGGAGAGGAGGCGUGGAACGAGCGGGGCGAAAGAGAGUAUCGAGAGGCAGAGGAGAGGGGGCAGAGGGAGAGGGGGCAGAGGGAGAGGGGGCAGAGGGAGCAGGAAGCGGCAGAAGGAAGAGAAGCAGGAGAGUUUGCCUUGGAUGCACCACCGGCACCGCACGGCCCGCACCCCCCCAUGUUCAUCAGCUCUCAAGCCUCAGGCGCCAUCAGAGUCCCCAUUUCAUUCGGCCAGUCCUUGGGGGGUGGUGCACUCUCUUCUGCCAACAGUGUUCCCUUGGGGAGUCAAGGCAUGCAGGGGAGAGUGAUGUCUGCCGUGCCUCCUGGGUUUGGGCAAGACGAAGGGCAGCACGAGGGCAUGCAGGGGAGGGUGGUGUCCGCUGUUCCUCCUGGGUUCGGGCCAGACGAAGGGCAGCAGGCGGGCUUUCAGCACGAGGGGAAAGAGGUGUCUGCUGUGCCUCCCGGGUUCGGCCCGGACGAAGGCCCGAAUGCAAGCUUCUUGCUUCCAGGAUCUCUUUCUGGGGAGGGAGAAGGGGGCUUGAGGCAGCACGAGGUGAGUGCAAGGCUGAGGGAGUGCAAGGGUGAGGGUGGACGCGUGGUGGGUCAGGACAGGCAGGUGGGUAAGAGCCCUGUGCUGCUUCUACUGUCGGUCAUUUCUCCGGAGUUUGUCUGGAAAGAGUAG